ACUGUCAAACAUCAUCAGUUGUGUAGAAGUGCGAUAAAAAUCAACCUGGUAGCCUUUUGUUGCCGUCGCGUGAUUUUAAUCUUCCUGACCCUGCAAUAAAAUAAUGGACAAUGAGUACACCCUGGAAGAACUCACCUCGCUGGCGCAGGAAAAAAUCGACCUCGGCGGGAAAUUGCUGCAAGAUUUGGCCAAGUGCGACACGGUUGACGGAGUGCGAAAAAUUUCCAAGAAAAUCAGCCAGGAGCUCAAGUUUCUCAACAAGGUGAAGACGGCCAAAACGGUGUCCAUCAACCAUAUCCUGUGCAGUAAUUUGACGCACUUUGCUUGCCUGGUCCAGUGCCUGCUCAGCUGCCAAGACGUGAUCCAUGUGGAUUAUCCACUGCCCCUGGAGGACCGUGGGUCUAAGCUACGGGUAGAUAUCGUAGCCGAUGGAGGGGCAACCUGGAUCAAAGUCAUUGCCCGCAAUCCUAAAUCGUUGAGCGAUGCCGUCCACGGCCGCACCAGCUACGGGUCCAAAAGCAUCCUUGAGCAGGCGGGAGAGUACGUGGAAGCAGCGGAAGCCAAUCCGCACAUGUUCAAAGCGCCUCGGGUGGUGUUCCGCUUCCUGAGCAAAAUCGACGACGAGCUGGUUUUCGAACUGGAGCAAGUCGGAGUGACGGUUCUGGUACUGCAAACGUCCGAACCGGUUCCCCGAGCCGAAAUUACCACCGUCACAAAGCUAAAUCUGGACAUCACCACCCUCAUAGCCUACGUAAGCGCCAUGACCAACGGCUCCGCCAACUGGGAGUAUAACGAACCGCUCCUCACGGAACAGGCCCGCUGGGAACGGGAGAAACCAAUCAAACCAGUCCUGGACCAGCUGUUCCACGGGAAGGAUCUGAUCUGCUGCGAAACGGCCGUUUCCUCCUUCAACGAAAUUCUCACAAUUCUGGGUGGACCGAACGAGAAGGCGCGCGCCGAGCAGCUCUUUGAAAUGGUGACCAUCCUGCCGGAUGUCCUCCUACCGGACGAGAUGCGGAACAUCCGCGUGGGCGGAAAAAUCAAACCACGGAGUUUGCAAAUCUUUGCAUUUGGCCUAAGACACGAAGCGAUCACGGUGACGUCUAACGAAGGAUUUGUGCGGGCGGCCAAGAUGCAAGGCUUGGAAGUGCCGGUCUAUGUGCACGAUGCCCGGGCACUGACCGAGGAGAAGGAACGGGGAGCUCGACUGCUGGAGGAAUGAUCGACGGUGGCGCAAAGGAAACGGUUUGGAUUGGAAAUUUGGAAAACAUGUGAUUUUGUAAAAUACUAAUAAAAUUGUGUUCAUUUUGAAUCGGUUAAAUUAUA